ACGACAAGUGGAGGGACGACUAUAGACGAAACAAUAUAAUAUGGAUCUGAGCAGUGCAGAAUGCGAAGAUUUCUUCCGAAACACGGCAGUUCCCGAACAUUUCGCCGAAACCUCGUCCGACAUCUCACAGUUUGUGACAAAGCAUAACGAAGUGGGGCGUAAGAUUGUUCUCGUGACGUCAGGUGGAACGACGGUGCCACUAGAAAGCAGGACCGUGCGAUAUAUUGACAACUUCAGUGUUGGAACGCGUGGGUCCGUUUCGGCAGAAGAGUUUCUCAAGCGAGGCUAUGCGGUGAUAUUUCUACAUCGUCUCCGAUCGCUGGAACCGUUCUCCCGACACCUCGGUAACGUCAUUGACAUGUUCACCAUCACGCCGGACGGGCAGGUGUCAGUGAAAUCGGAGUACACAUGCGUCGUUGCAUCGUGCGUGACGCAGUACGAGUCGGUGAAGAAGAACGGGACCUUGUUGCGAGUGACCUUCACCUCGGUUCACGAGUACCUGCAUUUGCUGCGAGUCUGCUCGCAGUGUCUCCAGGUCAUGGGGUCAAAGGUCAUGCUCUACCUUGCUGCGGCUGUUUCAGACUUCCACAUUCCCGCUAGCCAGAUGCCAGAACAUAAGAUCCAGUCAUCGGACGGAGACCUCACUCUGACCCUGCAGCUGGUCCCGAAAAUGUUGAAACCUCUCGUUAAAAACUGGCUACCUCAAGCGUUCAUUGUAUCGUUCAAGCUGGAGACUGACAGCCACCUUCUUAUUGAGAAGUCUCGGAAAGCACUGCUGGCGUACAAACAUCAGUUGGUUGUGGCAAACUUGCUCGACAAGAGGAAAACUGAAGUUGUGUUGGUAACCAUGACAACAGAGCAACCAAUCGUUCUUUUACCAGACGAACAAGCUGCGGGCAAAGAGAUUGAGGAGAAAAUAGUGUGUGAACUGACAAAGUACCACUCAGAGUUUUGUGAAAAUAGUGUGUGAACUGACCAAGUACCACUCAGAGUUUUGUGAAAAUGAUUUGUAAACUGAGAGUUUUGUGAAAAUGGUGUGUGAAAUGACAGAGUACUACUCUGUCUUGUGAAAAUGGUGUGUGAACUGACAAAAUGCUGCUCGGGAUUUUUUGGGAAAUGGUGUGUGAACUGACCAAGUAUAUCAAUCAGAAUUUUGUGAAAAUGGUGUGUGAACUCUCCAAGUAUACCAAUCAGAAUUUUGUGAAAAUGGUGUGUGAACUGACCAAGUAUACCAAUCACAAUUUUGUGAAAAUGGUGUGUGAACUCUCCAAGUAUACCAAUCAGAAUUUUGUGGAAAUGGUGUGUGAACUGACCAAGUAUACCAAUCAGAAUUUUGUGAAAAUGGUGUGUGAACUGACCAAGUAUACCAAUCAGAAUUUUGUGAAAAUGGUGUGUGAACUGAGAAAAUGCUGCUCAGAGGUUUUGUGAAAAUGGUGUGUGAACUGACCAAGUACCACUUGGAGGUUUGUGAAAAUGGUGUGUGAACUGACCAAGUACCACUUGGAGGUUUGUGAAAAUGGUGUGUGAACUGACCAAGUACCACUUGGAGGUUUGUGAAAACUGUGCUUGCAUGAGGUGUGAUGGAAGCAGUGUAACAAAUAAUACCUCACCAGGUCAAAGUUCAAAAUGCACAUAACUGAAUAUUACAUACUACCACACCUGCCAUUGGUGAUAAAUUGUGGCACAUAACUUUGAAUAUCACAGUUAAUACUACCACACCUGCCAUUGGUGAUAAAUUGAGGCACAUAACUUUGAAUAUCACAGUUAAUACUACCACACCUGUCAUUGGUGAUAAAUUGAGGCACAUAACUUUGACUAUCACAGUUAAUACUACCACACCUGUCAUUGGUGAUAAAUUGAGGCACAUAACUUUGACUAUCACAGUUAAUACUACCACACCUGUCAUUGGUGAUAAAUUGUGGCACAUAACUUUGACUAUCACAGUUAAUACUACCACACCUGUCAUUGGUGAUAAAUUGAGGCACAUAACU